CUUAUCUCUCUACUGAUAAGACAUUGGUGAUGAUUCCUCUUUAUAAAUUGUAAUGAAUGUGUUGUUCAUUAUUGUUACAUGUUGGACAGUUUUAAGGUUUGUUGACAGUAGAACGAAGGAAUCGGAAAUCGACCAUGAAGACGUCGAUUCUGGUGAGAAUGGCAACUAUACAACCGCCGAGUUGAGGGAUAGGGUUUUGGCGGAAUGGAAAGGGAAGACAGACGAGAUUCAAGGGUAUUUUGACCAACUGCCCUCAGAAGAGUUUAAAGAGAACUCCGAGGAUCUCAAGUUCAAAUAUUACUAUGAACGGAAAGGGUUGAGGAACGUAAACACCAACCAAGUGUACAACAUAACCCCGCAGCUGUACCAUGAUCCCUCUGGACCUAUGUAUACUGUAGAGGUCAACGACACUUACGUGCCCAAGUACCGAAUCACUACUAGCGAGGAAGAAAGAAUGGACAAAUAUGGUACGUUCAACUCGGAGUCUGAAUCUUCAGAAGUUUCAAGCGAAGACGUAAAAAAGAAAAAGAAGAAGAAAAAGAAGAAAGAUUCAUCAGAGGAUGGAGGGGGGAAAACAAAAAAGAAGAAAGAAAAGAAAACAUGGCCUUCAAAUAUGGAUCCUAAAGAAAAGCGCAGAAAGAAGAAGUCAAAGACUUCUGAAGAAGAGAAGAAAAAGAAAGACCUUCAGAAUAAGUUGAAUGGUAAAAGUAACACUAGACUGAAUUUCAAAAGGAUCCCAGAUGGAAACAACGUACAAAAGAGAAUUGGAGAAUCUAUUCCCCAUGAUGUUUUGAAAACAAUUCAGGGUGAUAACAAGGGUAAAAGAGUUGAAGAAGGAAAACAGCAGCAGAGUAAAAAAUUUAAAAGUAAACAAAGCCGAUCUAAUCUGAAGUCAAAUUAUGGAAUAAAAAAUAUGCAAACUAAAAAAGGUGAGAAAGCGAUAGAUAACAACGAAAUUGAGAAGAAACUUGAUAAUUUAGAAAGACAAAAGAAACGUCCAAGACAACAAAUAAAUGGUUUUCCAUUGCGGCCUUUUCUGUAAUUACAAAUAUUUUUUUUUACUAAACCUCGGCAUUCUAGUUUGCAUGUGACAUCCAUGCCUGAACUUAAAAUAAUAUGAGGUAUUUUGCUUACAAACCUUUAAACAUUUCCCAUUUUUACUUUAUCCCUAUAGUUCUGAACAAAAUGGUACAAAUCCAAUUUCCGCAAAAAUUACAGUUCAAAACUUAUUGUAACUUAUAUUAUUUUUCCAAG